UUUCUUGCUGUUGUUCUUGUGCCAAACGUGAAACUGAUCAAGAAGCAGGAACUGAGCUGAAAAUGUCUGGGGUGGAACUGUAGCUCCUGCCUCCUCCACCGGCUACACCGAGUCCUGACUGGCCAGUUUUUCUAGUUUUUUUAGUGAGUGGUCACAGUCAGACAGGUAGAGAGAGAGAGAGACAGACAGAGACACACACACACACAGCGACUGACGAGGAGGACGGGAUGAAGCACUAACUGGACGAAUCAUUUGUCCAAGGACUUUAAAGCAGAUCGUGUGAAAAAGUGUGUGCACUCUCUCAGGAUGAGUCGGCCGCGUGCGGACUCCCAGGAUUCCCUGGGGCCGGAUGAUGAGGUCAUGCCGUACAGUGAUGAUGAGACUGAUGAUGAGUUGGAGCAGGAUGAAGAUGAGGAGGAGGUGCAGCCGACCGUCCCAGCAGCAGAACCUGAAGCUGGAUGGCAAGUCAAAGCGAAUGACCGAGAUUUUUGCAAACUUCCAGAAUUCAAGAAGAAGGUCUUUCUGUGCUUUACGAAGAGCAAAUACUCAGGGAACGCUAUCAAGACCUAUAAGUACAACGUCUUGACCUUCCUCCCUCUGAACCUGUACGAGCAGUUUAAGAGAGCGGCCAACCUCUACUUUCUUGCCUUGCUCAUCUUACAGAUCAUCCCACAAAUCUCCACACUGCCCUGGUACACCACGCUGGUGCCCUUAGUGUUGGUGCUCGGCAUCACUGCUGUCAAAGACCUGAUAGAUGACCUGGCUCGACACAGGAUGGACAAAGAAAUCAACAACAGGAAGUGUGAGGUGCUUCUUGAUGGCAGGUUUCAGCAGGCCAAGUGGAUGGACAUUCAAGUUGGUGAUGUGGUCCGACUGAAGAAAAACGACUUCAUUCCUGCAGACAUUCUGUUAUUGUCCAGCACUGAACCAAACAGCCUGUGUUACGUAGAGACAGCAGAACUGGAUGGAGAGACUAAUCUGAAGUUUAAGAUGGGACCGAAGGUGACUCAUGAGAGACUUCAAGAGGAGAGUCAGCUGGCGGCUUUUGAUGCUAUGAUCUUGUGCGAGGAGCCGAAUAACCGGCUGGAUAAGUUUACAGGCACCAUGAAGUGGAGGAGGGAGAUGUACCCACUGGACCUGGAUAACAUGCUGCUCAGAGGCUGCAAGCUCCGAAACACAGAGGAGUGCCGCGGACUCGUCAUCUUCGCCGGAGCGGACACUAAGAUUAUGAGGAACGGUGGAAAGACGAGGUUCAAGCGCACCAAGAUAGACUACCUAAUGAACUACAUGGUCUACACUAUCUUUGUGGUGCUGGUCCUGGUGUGUGCUGGUCUGGCAAUCGGACACUCGUUCUGGUAUCAGGAGAUCGGCAGCUUGGCUUGGUAUCUGUAUGACGGCAAAAACGAGACGGCCUCUUACAGAGGCUUCCUCAGCUUCUGGGGCUACAUCAUCGUCCUUAACACCAUGGUGCCCAUCUCGCUCUACGUCAGUGUGGAGGUGAUUCGGCUGGGGCAGAGUAAGUUUAUAAACUGGGAUUUGCAGAUGUAUUACGCUGAGAAGGACACUCCUGCCAAAGCCCGCACCACCACUCUGAACGAGCAGCUCGGCCAGAUCGAGUAUAUUUUCUCCGACAAGACGGGCACGCUCACGCAGAACAUCAUGGCCUUCAAGAAGUGCACCAUCGGCGGACGCACAUACGGGAAUUCUGCAGGUACAGAUGGUGGGGAGCGCGGGAAGCUUGCAGACUUCAGCUGGAAUAAAUACACCGACCGGAACUUCCAGUUCUAUGACGGUCACCUCAUUUCAUGCAUCCGCUCGAAGAAGGACGCCGAGAUGCUGGAGUUCUUCAAGCUGCUCUCUCUCUGCCACACUGUAAUGGUGGAGCAGAAAGAUGGUGAGCUGGUGUACCAGGCCGCGUCUCCAGAUGAGGGCGCUCUGGUCACCGCAGCACGAUGCUUUGGCUUUGUGUUCCUGUCUCGCACGCAGGACUCCGUCACUAUCAGUGAAAUGGGCACAGAGAACACGUACGAAAUGCUGGCUCUGCUCGACUUCAACAGCGACCGAAAACGCAUGUCCAUCAUCCUGAGGUUCCCUAAUGGCAGUAUCCGACUGUAUUGUAAGGGAGCCGACACAGUGAUCUACCAGCGACUCAGUCCCAACUCCAAACACAAGGAAACCACCCAGCAGGCUCUGGAUGGCUUUGCCAAUGAGACCCUGCGGACGCUGUGCUUGUGUUAUAAAGACAUCAGUGCCGCUGAGUAUGACUCGUGGGCUCAGAAACACAAGGAAGCCAGCGUGGCCAUGAGCAACCGCGAGCAGGCGCUGGACAGAGUCUACGAGCUCAUCGAGACUAACCUGAUGCUGAUUGGAGCAACGGCCAUUGAAGACAAGCUUCAAGAUGGAGUUCCAGAGACCAUUGCCAAACUGGCCAAGGCUGACAUCAAGAUAUGGGUUCUGACCGGAGACAAGAAAGAAACUGCUGAGAACAUUGGCUACUCUUGUGAGCUGCUGACAGAUGAUAUGCAGAUCCACUACGGAGAGGAUGUAAAUGAGAAGCUUUCAGUCCGAUUGAUGAGGAGGCGGAAUGAGCCUGAUGGAGGCCGCAAUAAGAAAGUGAAGGAGCCCUUUUUCGCUGGAGAGGGCAAAAAUGCUCUCAUCAUCACUGGAGGCUGGCUGAACGAGAUUCUGUGUGAGAAGAAGAAGAAGCGUCGUCGUCUGCGUCUGCGGCGUCUGGGGAAGCGCCCGCGUCCCACUAACCCGCAGGACGGCCAGCCUGCGGACGACUGGGAGAAGGAGCUCAGGCAGAGGGACUUUGUGGACAUGGCCUGCGAGUGCAGCGCGGUCAUCUGCUGCCGUGUGACCCCCAAACAGAAAGCCAACGUGGUCAGCCUGGUCAAACGAUACAAGAACGCCGUCACUCUGUCCAUCGGAGACGGAGCCAAUGAUGUCAACAUGAUCAAGACUGCGGACAUCGGCGUGGGCAUUAGUGGCCAGGAGGGCAUGCAGGCGGUGAUGUCUAGCGACUACGCCUUCGCUCAGUUCCGCUACCUGCAGCGCCUCCUGCUGGUGCACGGCCGCUGGUCCUACAUCCGCAUGUGCAAGUUCCUGCGCUUCUUUUUCUACAAGAACUUCGCCUUCACCCUCGUUCACUUCUGGUACUCCUUCUUCAACGGAUACUCGGCACAGGUUGCAUAUGAAGACUGGUUCAUCACUCUUUACAACGUGCUGUACAGCAGUUUGCCUGUGCUGCUCGUCGGGCUGCUGGACCAGGACGUGAACGACAAACUGAGUUUGCGGUUUCCAAAGCUGUACCUUCCGGGCCAGAAGGGGUCGCUGUUUAAUUACAAAAACUUCUUCAUUAGUCUGUUCCAUGGCAUCUUCACGUCCCUCAUCAUCUUCUUCAUCCCGUACGGAGCCUUCCUGCAGACGAUGGGUCAGGACGGAGAGGCUCCGUCUGACUACCAGUCCUUCGCCGUGGUAACCGCAUCCUCGCUCAUCAUGAUAGUCAACCUUCAGAUCUCUUUGGACACCUCCUACUGGACAUUUGUGAACUGCUUCGCUGUGUUAGGCAGUAUAGCCAUUUAUUUUGGCGUAAUGUUCGACAUACAGAGCGCAGGAAUACACGUCCUCUUCCCAUCCGCCUUCACGUUCACUGGUGUGGCUUCAAACGCUCUGAGGCAGCCCUACCUGUGGCUCACCAUCAUUCUUACAGUGGGCAUCAGCCUCCUGCCAGUCAUCUGCAUCCAGUUCCUCUGUAAGACCAUCUGGCCCUCUGUAGGAGACAAGGUCCAGAGAAACAAGAAGAAGUAUGAGUUGGAGGAGGAGGUGAAGAAGAAGCCUCCGGCAUUCCAGCGUGGCGGUCGUUCGCGCCGCUCUGCGUACGCUUUCUCUCACUCCCGCGGUUACGCCGACCUCAUUGCGUCCGGCCGCAGCAUUCGGCAGAGGCCGCGAGCGCGUCCCGAGCUUCGGGACAGCAUCCGCGAGGUUCCACAAGCCGAGAACAUCUGA